AUGUUGUCUCAGCAAUCGAUUCAGACGCAGAAACAAGAGUUCUCCGUCUUUAACCUGGAAUCUCGCUCAGAACUGGAUCAACGAGAUCUGUCUCUGCUGAAGAAGAGGAAGAAGCUUUCAGACGAGACCAGAGCAGCAGGAGUGAACAACUGCAUCAGGGUGGGCUCGACUGCGUCAGGGUGGGCUCGACUGCAUCAGGGUGGGCUCGACUGCAUCAGGGUGGGCUCGACUGCAUCAGGGUGGGCUCGACUGCGUCAGGGUGGGCUCGACUGCGUCAGGGUGGGCUCGACUGCAUCAGGGUGGGCUCGACUGCAUCAGGGUGGGCUCGACUGCGUCAGGGUGGGCUCGACUGCGUCAGGGUGGGCUCGACUGCAUCAGGGUGAACUCGACUGCGUCAGGGUGGGCUCGACUGCGUCAGGAAGUUAUUUCUCCAAAGAAGGAGAGGCACCUCCUCCAAAGGGGGAGAGGCACCUCCUCCAAAGGGGGAGAGGCACCUCCUCCAAAGAAGGAGCGGCACCUCCUCCAAAGGGGGAGAGGCACAAGGCACCUCCUCCAAAGAAGGAGCGGCACCUCCUCCAAAGGGGGAGAGGCACCUCCUCCAAAGAAGGAGAGGCACCUCCUCCAAAGGGAUCCCACAUCUGUAAUGCAUCACACAGUAGCUCCACGCAUGGCGCCAUAAAGAUGGCGCCGUGGCAAGAGCUCUGGGUCACUGCCCACUACAGGGUCACUGCCCACUACAGGGUCACUGCCCACUACAGGGUCACUGCCCACUACACAGGGUCACUGCCCACUACACAGGCUCACUGCCCACUACACAGGGUCACUACCCACUACAGGGUCACUGCCCACUACAGGCUCACUGCCCACUACACAGGGUCACUGCCACUACACAGGGUCACUGCCCACUACAGGGUCACUGCCCACUACAGGCUCACUGCCCACUACACAGGGUCACUGCCACUACACAGGGUCACUGCCCACUACAGGGUCACUGCCACUACACAGGCUCACUGCCCACUACACAGGGUCACUGCCCACUACACAGGGUCACUGCCACUACACAGGGUCACUGCCCACUACAGGGUCACUGCCACUACACAGGCUCACUGCCCACUACACAAGGUCACUGCCCACUACACAGGGUCACUGCCCACUACACAGGCUCACUGCCCACUACAGGCUCACUGCCCACUACACAGGGUCACUGCCCACUACACAGGGUCACUGCCCACUACACAGGGUCACUGCCCACUACACAGGGUCACUGCCCACUACACAGGCUCACUGCCCACUACACAGGGUCACUGCCCACUACACAGGGUCACUGCCCACUACACAGGCUCACUGCCCACUACAGGCUCACUGCCCACUACACAGGGUCACUGCCACUACACAGGGUCACUGCCCACUACAGGGUCACUGCCACUACACAGGCUCACUGCCCACUACACAAGGUCACUGCCCGCUACACAGGGUCACUGCCACUACACAGGGUCACUGCCCACUACAGGGUCACUGCCACUACACAGGGUCACUGCCCACUACACAGGGUCACUGCCCACUACACAGGGUCACUGCCCACUACACAGGGUCACUGCCCACUACAGGGUCACUGCCACUACACUGCCCACUACAGGGUCACUGCCCACUACACAGGGUCACUGCCCACUACACAGGGUCACUGCCCACUACACAGGGUCACUGCCCACUACACAGGGUCACUGCCCACUACACAGGGUCACUGCCACUACACAGGGUCACUGCCCACUACAGGGUCACUGCCACUACACAGGGUCACUGCCCACUACACAGGGUCACUGCCCACUACACAGGGUCACUGCCCACUAUACAGGGUCACUGCCAACUACACAGGGUCACUGCCCACUACACAGGGUCACUGCCCACUACACAGGCUCACUGCCCACUACACAGGGUCACUGCCCACUACACAGGGUCACUGCCCACUACAGGGUCACUGCCACUACACAGGGUCACUGCCCACUACACAGGCUCACUGCCCACUACAGGCUCACUGCCCACUACACAGGGUCACUGCCACUACACAGGGUCACUGCCCACUACAGGCUCACUGCCCACUACACAGGCUCACUGCCACUACACAGGCUCACUGCCCACUACACAAGGUCACUGCCCACUACACAGGGUCACUGCCACUACACAGGGUCACUGCCCACUACAGGGUCACUGCCACUACACAGGGUCACUGCCCACUACACAGGGUCACUGCCCACUACACAGGGUCACUGCCCACUAUACAGGGUCACUGCCAACUACACAGGGUCACUGCCCACUACACAGGGUCACUGCCCACUACACAGGGUCACUGCCCACUACACAGGGUCACUGCCCACUACAGGGUCACUGCCCACUACACAGGGUCACUGCCCACUACACAGGGUCACUGCCCACUACACAGGGUCACUGCCCACUACACAGGGUCACUGCCCACUACACAGGGUCACUGCCCACUACACAGGCUCACUGCCCACUACACAGGCUCACUGCCACUACACAGGGUCACUGCCCACUACACAGGGUCACUGCCCACUACACAGGGUCACUGCCCACUACACAGGCUCACUGCCCACUACACAGGCUCACUGCCACUACACAGGGUGGGACAUGUCCUCGGUCUCGGACUCCUUCCUGUGCCCCGUGUGUCUGGAGGUCUUCUCUGAUCCAGUGUCCACUCCGUGUGGACAUAACUUCUGUAAGCGCUGCCUCAGCCAGGCCUGGGACACUCAUGAUCCCUGCUCCUGUCCCCUGUGUAAAGAAGUCUUCAGCAGCAGACCCCAGCUGAAAACCAACACCUUCAUCUCAGAGAUGGUGUCCGUGCUGCAGCCGGAGUCCCAACCUGUGGUCCUGUGCGACAUGUGUCCGGAGCCGCAGCAGGAGUCCCAACCUGUGGUCCUGUGCGACAUGUGUCCAGAGCCGCAGCAGGAGGCCCUGAAGUCCUGCCUGCUGUGUCUGUCGUCCUUCUGUGAGAGCCACCUCCAGCCCCAUCUCACCCUCCCUGGGCUGAAGAGGCACCCGCUGAUGGAGCCUGUGGAGAACCUGGAGGACAGGGUGUGUGCCAAACACCAGCGCCCCCUAGAGCUCUUCUGUGGCACCGACCAGAGCUGCGUCUGCACCAUGUGUGUUCUUCUGGAGCACAAGAACCAUAAGUUAGUGUCUCUGGAGGAGGGCUGCGAGCGCAGGAGGUCCUCGGUGCUGCAGGCCCAGGCCCAGAGCCAGGAGCUGCUGCAGCAGAAGAGGCAGCAGGUCCAGCAGACCAGGAGCAGCCUGGAGCUCAGCCAGAGAGAGGCCCUCAGAGAAAGCUCCCUCAUGGUCCAGUCCUUCUCUGCUGUCGUGAACACGGCUCAGAAGUGUCUGGACCGCCACAUGGCCUCCAUCCAACUGGUCCAGGAGAGAAACCAGACUCAGGCUGAGGCCGUCAUCGAGAAUCUGCAGCAGGAGAUCUGUGUGCUGCAGCAGAGGAGCGCUGAGGCCCAGAGGUUCACUCGGGCUGAAGACCCGCUGGUGUUUCUGCAGAGGUGCCCUGACCUCAGACCUCCUGCUGAGAGCUGCAGACAGAGCUGCAGAGAGAGCUUCGAGGCCCAGAGCUGUGAGGGCAGUGUGGGCCGCGCCCUGAGCGAGCUGCAGGACUCUCUCUCUGAUCACUUCUCCCGUCUGGCCUCAGAGUCCAGAGCAGAGGACUUCAGGAGACUCAGGAGGUUCUCAGUGGACCUCAGUCUGGACCCGGACACAGCACAUCCUCAGCUGGUCCUGUCCAAAGACCAGAAGCAGGUCCACUACAGCGCAGUGAAGACCAAAGCCAGAGAGAGUCCUCUUCGCUUCCAACACUUUGUGAACGUCAUGACCAAGCAGAGUUUCUCCAGUGGACAGUUCUACUUCGAGGUCCAGGUCAAAGGGAAGACGGACUGGGAUGUGGGCGUGGCCCUGGAGACCAUCAACAGGAAGGAGAAGAUCAGUGCGAGCCCCAAACACGGACAGUGGACCAUGUGGCUGAGGAACGGCAGCGAGUACGCAGCUCUGAGCAGUCCCAGCACUCCUCUGCUCCUGCAGGCGCCUCCUCAGACGGUGGCCGUGUUUGUGGACUACGGCCUGGUCUAUGGUCAGGGCCUGGUCUCCUUCUACGACGCUGACUCCUCAGACCUCCUCUACUCCUUCACCAACUGCUGCUUCAGAGGGAGGCUCCUCCCAGUCCUCAGCCCCUGCCUCAACGACAGAGGAACCAACUCUGCUCCUCUGGUCCUCACCGCUGUUCAGAGACUACCCAGACUGGCCCAGGACACCCGUCACCUCUACACGUACACGUACACGUACACGUACAUCAGCAGCUGGAACACAGAGGGUACCCGCCCCGAACCCAGAGCUAACCCCAACCCGCGGACCGAGCUCCGAACCGGGGGGACCACGGAGCUAACACCCGUGAAUGCACAGGACCCAGCGGACUGGACCCAGCGGACUGGAUGGAGCGGACGGAAGGUCUCUGAUGGGAACACUUCUGUGGACGACGUGCCUCCCCCUCCCCCGUCCCCCAUGGUGCCUGCUGCUGGUCCGGUGCAGCUGGUAGAUGCAGAUGAGGAGGAGCAUUCGUUCAGUCUCCAGGAGGAGGCGCUGGAGAGGCUGCUGCUGCGGGAGGAGGUGCAGGACCUGAGUGUGGUGGUGGUGUCUGUGGCCGGAGCCUUUCGCAAGGGCAAGUCCUUCCUCCUGGACUUCAUGCUGCGCUACAUGUACAGCCACGACCAGGUGAGAGCCACGACCAGGUGA